AUGACUAUUGAUGAACCAAUAACGUUGGCACCUAUUGCUCGUGACGUAAUAAAGGUUUUGGCACCAAUCACUAAUAAUAAUCGAGCUACUACUGCUUCCUCAUCUUGGCCAAAUCACGAUGACCUCUCGGAUGUUAUACUACCAUUAGAAGAUCAUGAAUUGUGGAUUAAUGCUUUAGGAACAUCGUCAAAUGAUGAUACUCACAAUUUAUCGGGAACCAAUGAAAAUGAACAAGUAGAAAAUGAUAAACAAACGUAUGUUGAUGCAUACGCCAUUAAUGAAUUACCCAUUGAACUUGAAGAAUUACAUCGAGAAAAUAAAAUUAUUUUGGAUGACUACGAUAAAAGAAUUAAAAGCAUUCAAAAACAAUUCCAAAGAAUUGCCCAGACUUUGAAGGUCCUCGUUAAAGAAAGAAGAAAAACGCAAACCGAAUUGUCAAAGAACUUUCGUGAACGUUACCCAGGGCGAACAGUACGGUCCGUAUACGGCCAUUGA